AUGCGUAGCAACAUACAGCAAAAGGACAGCAAUGUUAGUGAAUUAUUCUUAGCUUUGCAUUUGCAGGAGAGCAGAGUCCCUGCUUUCAGUUCUGGGGUAGAGAGGACGACUGUAGUUUUCAGCCACCGGAGGGACUGCAGGGAACAAGAUCAUUUGUGGGACAGUGUGGCUGUGGGCUCCAGCUGUGGGCUCCAGCUAUGGGUUAGAAGUGGAGAAAAGAGCCCAAGCCAUCUGGGGCGGGGCGAGGGUGGGGUUGGGCGAAGCUGGGCUAAGGAGCCAGGAACGAGUGCUGACUGCUCCCUUGCUUCUGCCCUCUCUGCUCCUCGGUUACUCGCCUCCGGAGCUCAUCCAACAAACAUCGCAGCCCCGGCACCUCGACUCACGAGAUCCGACCCAGCUUUGAUGGCCACUGGAGGCUCUACCCACAGUCCGCCUCACCGGGUCCUGGUCCAGGUGUUCAAGUUCUGCUCUGGAUUGGAGAGAAAACUACAAAAGUAUUUCCAGAGCCCGAGGAAGUCCGGGGGAGGCGAGUGCACGGUCAAAGCCGGCCCAACCGAAGGCACUUUCUGGGUAGAGUUUUUAGAAAGAGAAGCGAGGCAACGAGUCCUGGAGAGAGAGAACCAUGAGUUAGAAUUGCCAGGAGAAGAAAAGUUGAAGCUCACUGUCAGAUUGCCUACAGCAAAGGAUGCAGAUGAAGGCAAUGAAGAAGAAAUCCCAACAAAAGCAUUUGAAAGAGAAUUCACUAAAAAUAAUGAUGAAAAUGCUACCAGUGGCACAGUUUCCAACACCAGUGAUACACAAGAUUUAUUUGACACUAUUUCUAGCCCUAAAUGGGGAGUAUAUGAAAGGAAGAUUGGAUCCAUUACCUUGCAGGUUGCUUUGGGGGACAUCACUGAGGAAGAGUCUGAUGUUAUUGUAAACUCAACAGACACAACAUUUGUCCUCAAAACAGGCAGGCCUCCUGCAGAAUAUCCAAAGCCUAGGAGAGCUCUACCUAGUUCACAGGAUAAAAUCUCCCCAUGUACUUCAACAAUUGCUAAACCCCAGGCAUGUGUGGCACCUAGGCUAAUGUCAAAUAUAUCUAUGAAUGCUCCAGAAUUUUCUCCAUCAGGUUUUGCUUUUCAUUAUACGGAUUUUUCCUAUGAAGAUGUCUGUGAUGGUUAUCCUACUCUUAGAAAAUAUGUGCAGGAGUUUUUUAAUCACCUUACAGAACAACCAGGAAGUUUUGAAACUGAAAUUUCUCAAUUUGCAGAGACUCUUAAUAGCUGGGUCACUACUGCUGAUGCUUUACCAAACCUCCUGGAACUCAUCUUCCAACAGGCCACAACUGUGCCAUGCUUCUCUUAUAUAGGAGCUUGGCUGUGUAAUUAUUUGUCUCAUCAUCUAAGCAUUAGUCCACAAAAAGGAAGUUUCCGUCAGUUACUACUUAAACGAUGUGGAACUGAGUAUGGCAGAAAAGAUCAGGCUGCCAAAGGGGGUGAAGCUACCAGAAAAUGAUUUCAUUUCUUUGUCCUCUUCUUGGGUGAACUUUACCUUAACCUGGAGAUUAAGGGAACAAAGGGACAGGUUGCAACAGCAGAUAUUCUUCAGGUUGCUCUUCGAGAAUUGCUGAAUGUCUGUUUUUCUAAUCCUGUGGACAGCAAUUUAAUCUGUGCAGGAAAACUAGUGAAGCUGACAGGACCAGUUUUGGAAGAUGCAUGGAAGGAAAAAGGAAAGAUACAUAUGGAAGAAAUUGUUCAGAGAAUUGAAAAUAUUGUCCUACAUGCAAAUUACCUCAGACAUAUCAAACAAAUGCUUUUGAAGCUAGUAGAACUCCAAUCAAGUAACUGGGGUAGCAUUCAUGCCACCUUAACAUAUAGAGAAUCAACACCUGAAAAUCAUCCUAAUUAUUUUAUGUAUAAACCACCAUUUUAUACAUCUGAUGGCAUUCCUUUUGCUGCUGCUGAAGCAAAUUAUCAAGAAAAGUUUUAGGAGUUAUGUGACAGAGAGAAUUUCUUCUCAGAUUAUGAAGAAAAUGGAACAGACUUAUCGGGAGCUGAAGAUCCAUACUUGGAUGACAUCAUGUGUGAGACAGACCCAGAAAUAGAAGAGGCCUAUGAAAAACUUUGCUUAGAACCAGAGCAUUAGAGAAAACAGUAA